ACUGUAAACAAACCAUAAUCUAGAGAGAAAAUCGAGCAACUUUUCUGUUAUCAAAAUUUUCCUUUGAUUUUUCAUGCGAAAUAGUGCAGCUUCCAAAGAUUAGUCAUUUGCAACUACUGUGUUGUGCAGUGCAAAGUGUGUCAAAAGCAAAUAUGAGCAAUUUUUAGUGCAAUCGUGUCGAUUUUACAACGCUUGAAAUUUUGUGUUGACAAAUUUGGUGUCUUUGUUUUGGUACAUUUUUUGUGUUUUUUUUUCAUUUGGGGGGCGGAAUCCAGUUCGCUUAGUCACACCAAAACAGAUGUUUUCGUGCUAAGUGUGUGCCAAAAGAUAGCCGUAGAGUAGUGUUCGGGGAAGGAAGAUGCCACCGGAGCGAGAUAUCAUCAUUCGGGGGUGGGAAAAGCUAGACGAUGACGUCAUCAUCAAAGAUGUUGCCACCAAGGGUAAACACGUCAACCUUUGCGUGUUCUUUCUGGCCCAAAGGAACGAGCUUUCGCAGACCGAGGCGAAGAAUUAUUUUCUGCAGAAGGUCAACGCGUACGUCUACCGGCUGCUCGCGAACCGCCAGCUCUACAAAGCCGAACACAUCCUGUCCAACAUCGACCGCACCUCCAAGUAUGUGUUCUACCAGAUAGCGGCGGAAACGAGCGACCACGGCCUGCGGGACUACAUCCGGGACCAUCUGCGGCGCACGAUCGACGAUUACGACGGCGAGGGCGGCGAGGGGCGCCUGCUGGACGCCAACUGGCGAGUGUACUGUCUGCUGAAGGGCAACGUCGGCCAGCUGGCCGAGCUGCUCCGGGUGCUGGAUCCGGGCUACAGCGUGCUGGAAAUCGAAACGAUGUCAUUCAAUACGUUCUACGCGAAGGAGGAAGCGUACCGGAACGCGGUGGCGCUGGACAUGUUCUUCAAGAAUCAAGAAACGGAAAUCUCUCCGCUGCUGGACAAGCACGCCGUUUGGGGAUAUCUGCUGCGGAACAACAUCGACAACCUGGUCAAGAUCUGGAUUCAGAUCAACGCGUGCUUGCGGGCGGCGGACCAGCAUCCGGCGAGCUACUCAGCGGAGGUGGCCAAGAUCAAGAUCGACAUUUACGAUGAUCCGCGGUUUAAUGAGCGGUUGCGGCAACUGUUUCGGAGGUGGGAGAUCAGCGACUUUAUGGUUUCGCAGCUGUCCGGCCACAAGAGCAUGACCAAGAAUGAGGUGUUGCUGAACGUGCUGGCGACUUAUGGGAAAUUUGUGGAGCAGGAGCGGGGCGAUGCAUUGGUGAUCUUGAGGAGACUGUUUACGACGCAAACGGUUGAGGUUAAUCGGGGUUGGCUGGAGCAGAAGGUGUUUCGGGAGGGGUUGACACGGCAUUUGGUGGAGAAUCGGCUGUUUCAGCUGAUGGAUUUGUCGGUGGUGAGUGAGGAGUGUUUGGAGCGGCUGGUGGAGGACGAAAACUGUGAUAACCGGAAGGAGUUGGAGUUGUUUAUGGCACUUAGAGGGCUUAAAGAAGAUAGUAUUAGUGGGGAAGGGUUGCUGGUGGUUUCGAGGAAGAGUUCCGAGUAUUUGUUGGAGACGCAGGAGAGUUUUUACGAUGAUAAUCCGAUCAUGUUUCUGUUCGAGCACUUUCUCAAUCCGAGCAAUGCGGCGUUCCCGGAUGAUGAUCAGCGGUUUUGGAAGCUGGCUCAUUUGAGGAGUUUCCUGGCUCGGCUGAAGGACAACCCGAUAUCGAUCGUAUCGGCGAAGGAGUUGAUGAAUCUACACGAGCUGCCUUGCUUGGAGAAGAUUCGAAGCAAUUUGUUCAAGGAUUUGGAUGGAACCUGCGAUGAAGAGGAAGCGUGCGCAAAGAAGGAAGCGAUCCUGCGAGAACAUGGCUACGUACCGCACUUUAACCAUCCACUGCUGUGCGAAAAGUACUCGACCGAGGUCAAGCUCAACUACUUGCACUACAUCAAGCAGCAACGAUCGUGCUACGCCCUGUACCUGUUCUACGUGGACCAGCUACGAAGCUACGCUCGAAUUACGCCACAGCAGAUCAACAGCGCAGCAAGAACUGCUUCCGAGGUCGCCCUCGGACACUACAAUGAUGCCAACCUGGUGUCGCACUGUACGGCCUUCAUCGAAAUGCUGGGCGUGGACAGCUCGCGAACGCGAGCCUACAUCCGUUGCUUGAACAUGCUGAACGAAACUGCCACUCUCAGGGAGAUCUCGACCGUCGAGUUGAUCGAGCAGUGUGAAGACGUUCUGGAAAGUAGAACUUGGGAUGAUCCCAACCUGCUGCUAGACCUGGAAGCAAUGACCACCGUCUGUCGAGCUAGCCAACUGAGCUUCCCGGAAAAGUAUCUCAAGCAACUCCUCAACGAAAACGACUGGUUCCGCUUCCUGCUUCUCGUCGAAUACCUGGACUACCCGCAAGAGCAGAUCCUAGCCCUGAGCAAAUCCAGCUUCCAAAACGCCACCAUCGGCAGCAACGUGAUGCGCGCCAUCAAGUACUACACCGAGUCGGCGGGUUCACUGCGCCGCGAAUCAACGCCAACCUCCCUCAAGAAGCGCAACAGCUGGACGCCAAAGAAGCGACGACGGGGCAGCAGCAUUAGCAACGCCGGCGGCGACAGCCAUUCGAGCGUAUCGAGUGAGAGUGACAUCCAGUCCAGCACUACGACGACGACCACGACCAACAGGCGCCACUCGACCAUUAGCGAGUCUUCGCUUGGUGGUGGGUUGGACUACGACGGAUCGCGCUACCUCGCCGAGCGGUACGAUCGUGACCUUUUCGCCACUGUGCUGCUGUGCUCGAAUGAGGCCGAUACACUGCGAUCGGGCCGGUGCACGCUGGAUUUUGACGGGUUUAGACAGCUGAUGCUGGGACGGAAGCAGGGCGGGACGUUUGGGAAUCUGUUGGAUCGUGCCGUGGCGAGACGAUGGCCGCUGUUGGCGGUUCUGGCGGGAAUGGUAGCGGAGAGCAAUCGCAAGUACUGUUGGGUCACCUGGUUGAUGGUAUCGAUCAGCUAUCCGUUCUAUGAGAAACUUAAGGAACUAUCCGAGGUCGAGUUCCUGCAAGAUUUGCUCGAGUUCAGCGUUCAGAAAGGUUACGUCCAGAUAUUGCAGGACUCGGUUAGCUUAUUCUACCCCGAUUCAAACCUGUGUAACUUGACCAAAUAUUUCGUCAACACUACAAAGUUGGACUUUUCCCAAAUCACAACCGAUCACUUGCGACAUUUCUUGCUAAAAGUCAACGAUUGUCCGCUACUCGGACUAAAGAAACUGGAGAUGAUCGCGUUCGGGGUCAAACUGCUCACCCUGCACGUAGAUAACAACUUCAGCUCGCUCUACCAGCAAACCUGCAUGCUGGAGACGCUCGUCUCCUCAGACAUCAACUGCUUCACACAGAAAAUCGACUUUGUCCGACUGCUCAAGUUCUGCAACAUCCUGAAACCCACAACGGUGAGGAUCGCAUUCAUCAACUUCUUCGAUCGCGAAGACCUGCGCCAACAGUUUGAAGCCCUCUGCGAGCAGCUCGUCUCGCACAAAAACUACACGCAAGCCAUCGAGAUCGCCGAGCUGUCCGCCCUCCCUCGCGACUCGAUCAUCUUCGAGCACUGGAUCAGCGACUUUGAAACCAACGAGGAGUGCGACUUUUCCCAGUACCAAUCAGACAUGACCCGCUACGACGUCGGUCCGGAGCUCCUCCUGAACUUCUUCAUCCACAUCGCGAACCGACUCGAGUACGGCAACCGGACAAAGUACGACCUCCUAAAGCGAGCUCUCGAGCUCAUCAAACAGCACGGUCUCUACCCGAGUCAACUGUACGACCGCGAUCGUCUCGAGUACGAGCUGGCGCUGGCUUACGUGAAAUGUUCCGAGAACCCCUCCACGCUACCCCUCUACCACUCGCACUUCUUCAGCAACACGCUCAAGCGCGACGGUGGCAUCCUCUACCACACCUUCAUGGAGCUCAAAGAGGUAGCCGGGAUCGACGAUCUGACCGUUUCGAAUCUUCCGCUGGAACACCCCACGGAACGAUCGCGUCUCGAUGGCCUGAUCCACCGACUGCUCAAAGAAGGCGACAUCGUGCAAGCCCUACGCUACCAGGCAAUCUUCGAGCAGCGUCCGUAUGAUCUGCACUUUGUGGUGUUCUGCAUGGGACUCGCCGAGUCCGUGCUCAGCUUGUACAACCUCUCCAAGGAGGAACGCCUUAUGCUGAACGAGGACUGCAAGCGGGUAUCGCUGCACAUGCAGCGUAGAACACUGCGCUUGAGCCGGAUGAGUCAGUGCUCGGCGAAUACCUCCUCCAUAGGAUCUCCGGCGCGACUCGAGUCGUCGGAUACGAGUGCGGGAGCUUCCGAGUUCGAGGAGGUUCCCUCGCGGGAACGGCAGAACGUGCUGGAGGCGAUCAAUGGUCUCGGCGCCAAGAUCCAGUACGGACAAGACCUCGCCCAGCGGGUCAUCCUAACCUACCGAAUAGCGAUGUACCUCGAUCGCGAGUACAACGAGAUCCUCAAAAUCCGCGAUCCCGUCGGCUUCCUAGAGGAAGUGAUCCGCGAGGACUGCUUCAACAAACUGGAAGUGAUCAGCGACAUUAUGACUUCGCACCGGAUGAGUGACGCCACAAUUUCACGGUUUCUAGCUCGGGAGAUCGUCACCGCUGUGGUCAGAUCCAAGUUCUACAUGCUUCAGCAAGGUUCGCCACUGGCGAAUGCAAAACCGAUCGACGAACUGCUCUGGGGUUAUAACAUCGAUCGAGAGUUCCACCUCUUUCUGGAACUCGCGCCCAACACGACCAUGCUGGGCAACUGGCUGCUCAAGUACUGCGACGCGAUCAAGUGCUACAAGCGGCUGGAAAAGUCACCGGAUCGUUCCUCCAUGACGGAAUCCGUCGUAGACGACGUUGAACCAACCCUGCUCGAUAACCUCAAAGAGAUCUUCAAGAACCAGAUCCUGUCGCUCAAAAAGCAAAACACGAUCAUCGUCGCGCUGCUCGUCAAAGCCCACGACUGCUUCGUGCACGAGUGCUCCGUCGAAGGCAUCGUUGAAGUCCUGCAGCGGUGCAAGUCCCUGAACAACGUGCUCACCGGCGCCAAGUCGUGGAACUUGAUCGUCAAACUGCUCGUCGGCAUCGGACGCUACCGGGAGAUGUACUACUGCUUCGAGACGCUCAUCAAGAACGAUCAGUUUGAAUCGCUGCUGGGGCAGUUUGACGAGAAGCACACGAAUGGCCUCAAGACCGCGAUCAUCUCCUACCUCCACGAGCACUGCCCGGCACAAAAGGAAUUCUUCCGGCUGGCAGCACUUCACUUCCUUAUGUACAAGGAGAUCGCCGAAAUGUGGGAAACGGAAGCCAAGUCCAGUAUCGCCAAAGUCCUGUCAGUGUACGAGUUGAGGAAUCCCACGACCACUGCCAAUACAAGUCCCAAGAUCUGCAUGCCUCGACUGAUCUGCGACCCGUUGGCGUUCUCCGAGCUAAACUCCGCCUUGGAGGCGUACACGCAUGCUACGGAAAACUACCUACUGGACAAUAAGCUGAACUUGGCCCAGAAGAUCGCUUCAAACGCUGAACUGGUAGCGUUACAGCUCUGUCUAAUCGAGCAAGCCAAAACAGAGCGGAGCAACCCCGCUGAAGAUUCUCGAACCUGCAUUUCAGUUCUGAACAUCAAAAAGGACGAAAAGGGCUCGAAUCUCGCGUACUUUGUCAACACUGCACUGAGCGUCCCGCAAGCCCUCAUCAUCUCGCGAACGUACGAGUACGAGAUCAACUGGACGCAAGCCCUGUACCAGCACUACAUCGUAAACGGCUCCACGCCCUACCUGGAGGAUUACCUCGAUCGGAUGCCCCUCACCGACGAGAUGGUCGAAAGUCUCGUCAAAACGUUCCAGCUGGAGCCGUGCGUGACGCCGGAAAUGGAACGCGCCAUCGCGACGCUCGUCGAGAUGGUCGAAACCGUAACGCUCAAGUACCGGCUGGCGUCGCUGCUCGGCCUCAAGCGGACCGUCCACGAGCUGAUCAACGAGAACAGUUUUUACUACCUGAAGGAUUGUGACUAUGGGAGGAGCGAGAGCGUUAGCAUGGGGAGCUGAACGGGUGGAGGCUCUCUCUCCGUGGAGUAGGGUUGUUGCUGGCUUUAUGAUAGUAUUUUAAUUGUAAUAUUUUUCGUUUGUUUGUUACUUUUUAUCUGUGCGAUGAAGAUGGUAUAACGUGUAUUUAUUUGUUUUAUAUUCGAUAGUAACUAUACGGCUUAGCUGUUCCGUUCAAUAUAAUCCUGAAGCAAUAUUUACAAUAAAGAAAGUCGAAACUUAGUAC